AGGCAGAGGAGCAGCUCUUGGAAGAAAAAGGGACCAUCUAAAAGCAAGAAAGAGCAUACACUUAGAAAUAGGUGUUUUUUCUCUGCACGCACCAAACAAGUCAAAAUCUUGUUGCCCUCUAAUCAAACACAUUGUUUUGGACACAAUGCUGCAAAGUGCUUUAUGAACAGACAGAAGGACUGAUUCAGCAUUAGACUGGAAAACUUGUGUAUGAAUCGAUGGACCCAGCAUUUCCAGCAGAGAUGGAGGGAGAUAUGAAAGACAGGAGGAAGAUCCAUUUCUCUGUGCCCUCUGCAAUGCCCUCCCAACUGGAUCCCAAACAAGCAGAGUUGAUUCGGCGCCGAAGACCGACACCAGCAACCCUGUUCAAGCUAACAGAUCAUGCAUCUCCAGAUGAUGACAGUAUCGGCCAUCAGUUACCUGUUAGUGAAAAUGGGGCCCUUAAGCCAAAAAGAGCCACAGCCGUCUAUGAGCCACCGUCACUGAAGGCAGUUCAAAGGAUGGCUGAAGCUCAUAUGCAGUUUCUGGAUGCUUCACAACCAACAGAGGGCAGCACAAUAUCUGAUUGCUCAGAUACAGAAGACAUUCCUGUAACAUCUGCCAAAGAUCUACAUGAUGACACCAGAUCUGUCCAAUCAAAGUGUCAACUGGAGCGUGAGGUCACCAGCCAGGAUUCUACGUCCAGCCCACAGCCAGAUACUCCAAGCAAAGCUGAGGAGGACAGCAGAGCAUCAACAGAGAGAGUGAUGAAUGAAGAAAGAAAAAGAGUGAAACAUGAGAAGAAAGGAAAAGGAAAAUAAUAAUUGUGAGUGAAGUGGAAAGGGAGGAAGCUUGUAUAAAUGUCUUACUUAUUGGUGAAUCUCACGAAAACGUUCAAGAACAUGUUCAUGACAUAUUUCAACCUAAAUUAAAAAUAAAUAAAACAAGAAAUUAUAUUUUGAAAGAAAACAAAGCCUAUUUUGACAUAUUUGACCAUUAUGACAUUAUUAAUUUUAUGCAAAUUUUCCCCAGUUUUCAUUUAUGCAAAGCAAAAAUAUCAACAAGGUGAAAUGUUACCUGGACAGUUUUGUGAGCACUGCAAAAAAAAAAAAAAGAUAUUCUUGAUAUGACAAACAAGUAUAUUUGUAUUGCUUUCCAGUAAAAAUAUCUAAACAUCCUUAAAAUGUGGAAAAUUUACAUGAGAAGCAAAACAUUUGAGAAUGUAACUUGAAUAUACAGUAAGUAUUUUGUUUUUACUUUUAAGCAUAAACAAAACAAAUGAAGAACAAAAAUCUGCCAGUGCAACAAGACAAAAUAUACGUAGAUCAAGAUACAUUCUGUGGAAACAACUCUUAAUAUUUUGUUUUAAGGAUGUUUAGAUAAUUUUACUGGAAAACAAGACAAAUAUACUUUUUGCAGCGAGAUUCACCCUAAAAUGCAUUUUUAAGAGAUUAUUUUAAAAACUGAGAUGUUGAUGUGAUUGUUGUCAAAGACAAAAGGAAUGGGACGAAAGAGACAACGCUGGUUUAAUGGAGUUCUAAAAUGAAGUAUUCUGCAGGAGCUAAUUCAUCUAAUCUUGUCAAUCAUUAAGCAAGAGUAUAUAAACAGCUGCUUACCUCACUUCCGUGACAAUUCUUCCAAAAUCCCUCUACCACCCCAUCUCCUGCCUUACUUCUAACUUCAUUUAGUGCAUAAUUAGUCUGGAAAAAUCAAGGAGGGGAUUAUAUGCAAAUGUGAAUAUGCAUAUAACAGCAAUCAUACUUACAUGAAUAUUGUACACUCAAUACAGUAUUCUCACUGAUCUAGAUUGUUUAUUCUGAAAGUAAGGGUCUCUUUUUUCUUUCUUUUUUGUGCUAUUUUAAGUUUUUGUUACUGACACUGCAUAAUAGUGCUUGAAAUAUUUAGUUUAUUUAAUGGAAUGUCUAUUCUUUUUCUCUCAAUGAAAUUAAUAUUCACAGGGGUCAUGAAAUGCUAUUUAUUUAUUAUUGUAUUAUCUUCCUUGAGGUCCACUGAAUGUUAUAAAAGUUGUUUGCAAAAAACAGUCACAAUUUAGUAAUAUAUGAUCAGUUUCCAACCUGUUUUUGUCCCUCUGUCUGAAACGCUUGGUUUUGGCCUAAGUGCCUCCUUAAAACUUCAACGUAAACGCCCACUGUAAUGAUUGGCUAACAUAAUGCAGCCCCUCAAAUUCAGCAAACUCAAUCAGAAGAGAAUCUCGACAUAAAAGAGAGUGGCUUCUUUUCAGAGUUGUAACUUGACAAUGCAUUUUUUUAAAGCGGCGAGAUACAUGACAGCGGUCAAAGAGUCUGUGUAGUUCAUGUUUAUAUGCAAAAUAAAGGUGAUUUAAAAUAAUUCAAAAUAGUCCAGAUGGGUCCCCUUUGGUGUUAUUUUAGGAAUAGUUAGCCACACAAUUCCUGCUCUCUUAACUUGAACUGCGCGCCAAUGGGCGGGGCCAAAGGUAAGAUGACGCAUGUUAUGGGAUGUGUAAAUACAAAUUAGCAAUGUUUCAUAAUGUCACGAACAGACGUUAUGAGUUCUGAAAUUUACAGUAUGUUUUUAUAAUACAGUUAUCUCUUAUGUCUAAAUAUCAAGAAAAUAUUUUACUCUCCAUUUCAUGACCCCUUUAACUUUGGACAGAAUAGUGAAUGUCAGCAAAGAAUUAAUCAUUAUUAUAUACAUAAUACCGUGGUCCCAGAAAGUAUUUGGACACUCAAAAAUGUGCAAGUGAAUGUAUAAAGUCAGUUCCCUCGUUCACACAGGUGUCCUAACAGAGUUACUACAGGUGUAGUGGACAUGUUGGACAACUAUGGACAUGUUCCACUAAUGUUUGACAACCACAGAGUAGUACUUUUGGUCUUCAUGUUUUCCUUGCAAGCAUUUUUAAGUGUAUAUGAAGUGAACAAAUACUUUUGGGGCCACUGCAUGUGCCAAAAAUUUAUUUACCUGUUCUCACACUUUGACAAUAAAAAUGCUAAAAGCAUU